AUGAUGCUAUUCGAAAAUCGACAUUUAUUUCCUGAUAUCAUAUUUUCCUGUAUGAUCUGCUGCAAACGUUUCCAUAGGGUAUCUGUUCUCACACUAAAAAGCCACUCGUCGUUGGGCACAAAGUACACGUCUUCAUGCGGCCCUCCACAAAUUUAUUAUUUGAAACAUGUUAUUAAAGGAUUACUUUUCCGCAUUUAUAAACCGUCUAUGAUAUAUCCGUCGUCAAUCCAAAAAGGACAUUUGGUCCAAUAUUAUCUACCCAACAAA